AUGUUUGGAGGGAAAAUAGUUGUGUUCGGAGGUGAUUUCAAGCAGGUUCUUCUAGUUGUUCAUCAAAAAUCGAUGAGAGAAGAAGUGGACACCAGUAUAGUUACUUCAUAUUUAUGGCCUAAAUUCAUAAAUUUCAGACUAACAGAGAAUAUUAGGGCCCGUGAUGAUUUACCAUACUCUAAGUUCUUACUUGCUCUGGGCAAUGGAGAGCUACAAGAAUCAAAAUAUGCUUAUGUCCAAUUGCCAAAUCAUAUUGCUCAGAUUUGUCAAAAUGAAGAAGACUUAGUAAGUGAUUUGAUGGCAACAACUUUCCCUGAAAUGAUUCACGGCAAUCUUUGUGCUGACACUUUUGUGAAUCAGGCAAUUUUGACACCAUUAAAUGAUGAGGUGGAUUUUAUUAAUGCAUUCAUGAUUGAACAAUUUGAGGGACGAUCUGUUACAUACAAAAAUUUUGAUGUAAUUUUGAACGAUUCAUGUAAUAUAUACCCUACAGAAUUUAUGAACAGUUUAUGUCCAGGUGCGAUGAGUCCUCACGAGCUUGUACUCAAAGAAAACUUUCCAGUCAUAUUGCUAAGGAAUUUGUUACCAUUUUCUAGUUUAUGUAAUGGAACCCACCUCACUUGUAAACGUUUCUUCCCAAAUGUCAUUCAAUGUGUCAUUGCUACAGGGCAAUAUAAAGGCGAUCAUGUAUUCAUACAUAGGAUCAACUUACGUCCAUCUGGAUCUGUGAACUACCCUUUCCAAUUUGAACGUAAACAAUUCCCUAACAAAUUAAGCUUUUCUAUGACAAUCAAUAAAUCUCAAGGACAGACUCUUAAUCAAGUGUCCAUUCAUCUCCCGCGCCCAUGUUUUUCUCAUGGACAAUUAUAUGUUGCUUUAUCCCGAGCCAAAAGAUCAAAAGAUGACGCUGUUUUUUAUGCUAAACUUCCGGACCAAUACUCACCCAAAUCUGUGACGAAUGUAGUGGCGUAUGAAGUGCUUACAUUAGCUGGAAUUCUAAAGACCAACAUGAAGCAAAACAACUGA